GCUCUAUAGGAAAAGUGCAAUGAGAUAACUUCUGUUAUGAAUUGGCACUACAUAAAUAAAAUAAAUAAAUUGAAUUGUAUGUGACAACGUUGCUGUAUCAGUACCAAUACACUGCCAACAGUAAUGUUAGCUAUCGUUAGAUAUUUACCAGCUCAUUACAGACACCACUGAGUCACCAACAAUCAACUUACUACGUUGAUUUGGGACUCCGCAGUAACUGACCUGGCUUGUGUGUUAGACAGAAAAUUAUUCUAAGCUCAAACUCAGCACUAUAGCCCUCAAGGGUUAUUUUCUUAAAAUGUAAAGUUGUUUGCAUUGGUUGAUAGUAGGACUUAGUGUGUACAUACACUGCUUGUACAUACACUCCUAGCUACUAUUUUUGGAACGUAACAUUUGUUGUAAUGGAAAAGCUGAUACUUUAGCAAGCUAAUUAAGCUCACCGGCGACACCACCUGUCCAACAGAAAACAGGCCCACUCUGCAUUGCUCUUCAUCCCCAUUCUCUCCUUCAGUGCUUGCCAGCAGGUGAAAGCCAACCCAGAUUCAAUUUGUCAUCUUGGUUUUUUGCCUCGCUAUAUUUGCGUUUUUUCUACGCUGUGUCCGCCAUUUUUGCAGCUUUCGCACACUCAGCGCAUUGUUAGUGGCUGGAGGCUACACACCCACUGCCCAAAGGUUGAUGCCCAGAAAUGUCCCGAACACAGCAAAAUAAGAAAAUACAGGCAGAGGGCAGGGUCUGGACAGAUACAGACACCACCACACACUUCUAGUGGGUCAUAAGUGAUGAUUGAGAGGGAUUCUUUUUGUAUGAGUCUACACAUUGUUUUUUUAAAGGAAAAUCCUACUCAUUCUGCUUUAACCUCAUUUCACCCAAUGUCACACUUAUUAACCCAGAGCUUACAGUUUCACAUGUAAUUCCAAUUUAUACAGUUUCACGGUUUCACACUUGAAAAUCAGAGGCCACAAUUAGUUUUCAUCCUUACAAUGUUCAUUGCCUGUGUCUUGUUAAAUUUGACAAUUAGCAUUGAAUUGCUUUUGUUUUAACCUUGAUUCAAACCAGUGACUAACCCUGUGUUUUAAGGACAACACUUCUUUAGAGUGGAGUCACAAAGGGUGGGGACAUCCCACAAUCCCAAGUUAUAAAUGUGAAACAAGCCAAAGGGAACUUCCUGCACCAUGCCACGAGAGUAUAAGGACAUGAGUCACAUGUUACAAGGUACUGGAUAGUGACAUUCCCUGCAGAGUUCAACCUGGACUUGGGUCUGAUCCGGAUAACAGAAGAGUUCAGAGAUGUUGCUGCUCAGCUCGGCUGUGAGGAGCAUUUCAAACUCCUCGACAUCUCCACCAUUCCGUCGUACGACUGGAUGCGUAAGCUGACCCAGCGGAAGAAGCAGGCCAAGAAAGGCAAGGCCUCGCUGCUGUUUGACCACUUGGAGCCCAUGGAGCUGGCCGAGCAUCUCACCUUCCUGGAGUUCAAGUCUAUCCGGAGGAUAUCGUUCACUGAUUACCAGAGCUAUGUGAUCCACGGCUGCCUGGUGGACAACCCGACUCUGGAGCGCUCCAUUGCUCUGUUCAAUGGAGUCUCGCAGUGGGUCCAGCUAAUGGUGCUCAGCAAGCUAACACCUCAGACCCGUGCAGAAGUUAUUACCAAAUACAUCCAUGUGGCUCAGAAACUUCUGCAGCUGCAGAACUUCAACACUCUGAUGGCAGUGGUGGGGGGACUGAGCCACAGCUCCAUUUCUCGACUAAAGGAGACUCACCCUUAUCUGUCUCCAGAAGUUGUGAAGAUCUGGAGCGAGAUGACAGAGCUGGUCUCUUCCAACAACAACUACUCCUGCUACCGAAAGGCGUUCAUUGAAUGCCAGGGCUUUAAAAUCCCCAUCCUGGGUGUGCACCUCAAGGACCUGAUCGCAGUGCAUGUAGUCUUUCCUGACUGGGUUGAUGAGAGUAAUAAGGUGAACUUGGUGAAGAUGCAUCAGCUCUACAUGACCUUCAAUGAGUUGGUGUCGUUGCAAAGUGCAGUGGCCCAAGUGGAGCCCAACAUGGACCUCAUCUAUCUGUUAACGCUUUCUUUAGACCUUUAUUAUACAGAAGAUGAGAUUUAUGAACUGUCAUUGCUAAGGGAACCACGUAACCCCAAAUCAUUGCCUACCUCUCCAACGACUCCCAACAAGCCCCUGGCCCCACUGGACUGGGCCUCCGGUGUCACCACCAAACCAGACCCUUCUAUGGUCAAUAAACACAUCAGGAAGGUGGUGGAUUCUGUGUUCAGGAAUUAUGACCAUGACCAUGAUGGCUAUAUUUCUCAAGAGGACUUUGAGAGCAUCGCUGCUAACUUUCCCUUCCUGGACUCCUUCUGUGUUUUGGACAAAGAUCAAGAUGGAUUGAUCAGUAAGGAUGAGAUGAUAGCGUAUUUCCUUCGGGCUAACCCAUUGCUCCAGUGUAAGAUGGGUCCAGGUUUCAUCCACAACUUCCAGGAGAUGACAUACCUGAAGCCCACCUUCUGUGAACAUUGUGCUGGAUUUCUCUGGGGAAUCAUCAAACAAGGCUACAAGUGCAAAGACUGUGGCGUUAACUGUCAUAAACAAUGUCGGGAGCUGCUGGUUCUGGCCUGUAGGAAGCUGAUCCGCUCCAGCUCUCUGGGCAACGUUUCUCCAACCAGACUGACCCACAGCUCACUGCCCAGCAGCCCUGCACUGCCCACCUGUAAAGAUGAGGAUGAGGUGUUUGAGUUCCCAGCUGUCACAUCAGCAGGUCCAGCUCUGGACACUCAGUCCAUCACCCUGAUGACCGGCUCAGCCCAGAGGAUCUCUGUGCGCCUGCAGAGGACCACCACCAGCCAGGCCACCCAGACCGAGCCCCUGUGGACCGAACACAGCUGGGGGGCCACAGACGGCGGCUCCCACACCUUCCCCAAAAUGAAAUAUAGGACUCACAGGAAAACAUCUAAAAACAAAGGUUUUGCCCGCUGGGAAAACCAGAAUGAGGGGCAGUGCCAGGAUGUUUCCUCACGGUGCAGCAUGGACUCUCACGAGAAGUCAGACGUCUCAGGAGAGCUCAUACAGAACGGGAUCACACACAGAGGGAAGGUACUGGCAUAGGUGGCUGUAGAUUCUUAUGUCAAGGACAGCUGACUUGGUCACGGUGGUGAGGGCCAUUCCCGGGGGUCCAGAAAGGCCCUAGCGGCUGGGACCAGGAAGCUCUUCUGUCUGGGGGAUGUGCUGGGCUGCCUGAGGUCCCCCUUCAGUGACCUGGAGCUAUCAUGUCCUCCCUAGACUUCAGCACAGGCAGAGCUACAUGUGGAUGCCGUGUAACUGCAUGGAAGCACAUGAUGUGUGAUCUCUGGGAGAGGUCACAAAGAUCAAGUAGACGAGCUCAGCAGAUAAUGGACUAACACCCACUGUGGAUCACAUGGAAUGACUCCUCCUCCGCCUCCUGUGCAGUGUAAUCAUCUGGCCAUCAGGAUGUACAUAACAUCACCGUCUGAAAAAGUGAGAAGAAACGUUUUUUAAACUUCACACUACAAAGUGUGGAAUGGAUUCAGUUUAGUGGAUCAAUGCUGGCCAGUUACUUUAAGUAAGCCUGGUUUAAAAUCCAGCUUGGGUACAGUAUGACAAAGUAAAAGCCAGGAACAGAAACUGUGUCCUGCUUGAUCUCAAGAAAGCAACAAGGAAGUUCUUAGUGGUCACUUCCCAAGCAUGAUGGCUGUGGGAGAGUGUGUAGAUAUUUGUAUGUGGAGUUGCAAAAAAGGGAAAGUCCAAAUGAAAGUAAAUGUUAAGGGUAUCCAACCCUUCCAUAUAGAACGCUGAUGAUGGAUGAUUCUGCAAAACACUGGAUUAUGUUAAAUUAUGUUUUUGAGUGUUCACUGCGAAUGUUUUUUUAAUGAUUUAUUCCUACAAUAUCUGCACCUGGCAAGUACAGUGUGGUUAACUCUCCAAUUACAAUUACAAUUACCCAUUCAUGAGUUUCAGAGCAGAGAUAACUAUAAAAUGCUCAAAUAAAAGCAAAUGAAACAAAGAUAUGUAGUGAAAUACAAUAUACAUUUCUGUAUGUAUUUCUAUUUCAUGUAUGCAUUUACAGUGUCAUAAUUAAAUGAAAAACAUAUGUUAAAUGACAAUUAUUUUACUUUUUGUCUUUAAUAACUGAAUUAAUUCUUUUCAUUGUGACGUGAAAUUCCCAUGCCAAGUGUGUAUGUGUGUUUGUACAGGUGCCUGCUGCACAGUCCAUCCCUUUACACUGCAGACAGCUGAUCAGUGAUGUAACUAAAUGUACAGCGAAUAGUAGUGCCUCUCUGGCCAGCUAGCCCACAGGAAACUGUUUUAAUGUGAAAGGCUGUCUGUCCAUGGUCCCGCCCCCAAGUUGUGAUUGGAAAGUUGAUUGUUUUUCCUUUUGGCAUGGGAGAUGUGUUUCCAUCUCAAAAAGGGUAAAGCUCCCCUGUACUUCCUCGUGAAAACUAAUGAUAGUGCUUUACAUUUAGUUUUGACAGGUCUAUGCUACCCUCUGCUGGACAACACUGAAAUGCAAUACACAUGCAUAUAUAAAAAGCAAAUAUACAGUACGUAACAAUGUG